UCGUUUUCUGGCUGCUCGAGUAGUGUUUACGUUUGUGAUCGAUCGCUCGGUGGCUAUGCCGAAGGGCUGCAGUGUACCGAAGUGCCCGAAUUACAGUUCCUACAGUCCGGAGGUUAAAAAGAAACAACUGCUGUUUCACCGCCUGCCACUCGAUGAACCACGUAGAAGCACCUGGUGCAGGCUCAUCGGUUUGAGAGACCCCGGGUCUACGGUCAUUCUUGUAUGCUCGGAGCAUUUUGACACCGAGCGUGACUACAGCCACAUCCACAGUGUUCUCCGUGAAUGCGGGCAGGUUCCAAAAGCCCUCCACCUGAAACCCGAUACGAUUCCGAAACUUCGGCUACCGUCGCCCCCCGAACAGGAGAGAGUCGCCAAGCGUCAAAGGACCACGGAUGAUGAUUCGGUAUCGGCGAAUGAAGCACCUAUGGAGAGUGCACCUCUUCAAGAGUGCUGCUGCUGCGUAGCCUGGAAAGCAGGAGCAGACACUACAUAUCGCUGCAUACAAGAGAGGCCAGCAACACACGACGUAGCUCUGCGAGUUGAUAUGCAAGGCAAGGCAGCUAUGAAGGAUGCAUCUGUGCAAGCUUCAGUGGCUACUCAACAAGCAGCUACACACAUCCAAGGUUCUUUGCUUGGUCGAACGGCAGUCGGCACGCAGGUCAAAGAGGCCUAUGCUGCGAUGGCCUGUGCGGUGCAAACGGAAAGCUGGGUGCCUUCCUUUCCCGUGCUUCCUACCCCCUCACUGCUUUCACCAGCUUCCCCCCUUGAAGAAGACCUUGAUCGCGGCCAAGAAAAGGAUGAAGACUGGACCCCACUCAGCGAGCAGUCGGAAGAUGACACGUGUUCAGGGGAUGAAACCGUAGAAUCCGGGUUGCCCCUGCAGGAUGAGAAGAAAUAUGUUGUCUUCGAAAGCUGCCUGCUGGAACUCUUUACCAUCUGCCGGACUUGCCUUAUGAAGUGCGAGCCCAGCCUAACUGUGAAAGGCACCCUGGUGAAGGUGGAGACCAUCUGCAAAGACUCGCACUACCAUACCUGGAGCAGUCAGCCAGUCAUCAAGGGCAAGGCUGCUGGGAGCUUGCUACUGUCUUCAGCAAUCUUCUUUUCUGGAGCUAGCCCAACAGCCACAUUACGUGUGCUGCAGCUAAUGAACGUCCAAGUCAAGACGCUGAGGAUCAUAAUUGUGCAACAGAUGUGCUGUGCUUAUCUUCAUGAUUAG